GUUAAACUAUUGCUCGUGAUACCGCGCUUCGUACCAACUCACACCGAUUAUGUUUAAGCUAUGGGGUUUGUGUAUUUUGUUUUGUUCAAUUGCAUUUAAAAUGGACGUUAUUUCAGAGGCUUUAAACAAAUGCCGAACAUUCGAGACUGACUUCCGGUGUUGCCCAUGUCAAGUACAUGACCACCGCUGUGAUGAUGAACUCCACGUAUUUGACUGGGACGAACCCUGUCCGACUGAUUACGUCAUAGAGGAAGAGGGUGGAUUUGAAUGCGUCUGGUUUGAUCGUGACUUUUACUAUGACUAUAUCUUUUACGAUAAUGAAGAGGCUUCUAUCACUGAGAUCAAUUGCAGGCGGAAGUGUACCAAUGAUGAAUACUACGACAAAGAUACAAGGUUAUGUGCCAGAUGUCACGAGUCUUGCCUGAAUUGCAACUCCUCUGGCAUUGACGGAUGCAUUUCAUGCAAAUAUGAGAUAAACGAUACGUGUGUGACGAACUGCGCCGGUGUUGUCAAAGAAUCUGAUAAUCUAAAUUCCACUAUCAAAUGCGAUCAAAUAACUGCCAAAGGAUCGACCACAAAACAGUUUGGCGUCUCUGUUGCUGUGAUCUGGGUUAUCAUUAUAACAAUAGUUAUUGCUGCAAUGGUUGUGGCAGUCAUCUGCAUCCUUAGAAGGCGAAGGUCAAGUCUUCGAAGGAAAACAAUCAAACAACCACAGCCGGAGCAGGAAUUAGGAUACACAGCUCUGUCCCAGGAUGAACAUACUACAGUGGGCACACGAGAGCCGUACAGACAGCUGGAAGUGGACUGCACACACACGACUAAAGUGAAUGAACGAGUGGAAUACCUAACUCCAAUAUACAAGAGAAGUCCACCUGAAGACACGCAUUUUGAUGCUGACCAUAUCGAAAGAGAAUAUGAUGAAAUUGAAGACGAUAACGAUCAUCAAAGUAUAGCAACAGACUAUUCUUCAGACCACUAUGAACCUGUUGAGGACCCGAAAGAAAUAGCUGAGAAAAAUAGAACAGACCUUAAGAAAGGUUGUACCGACAUGGCUAACAUGAUGCAAAAAGAAUCUACGAUUGUUGACAAAAAAUCAAACUUUGUAAGUGAUUUCAAAAUUACAGAGGAAUCACAAAGUAAAAAUGCAGAUUCAAUUGAAAAGGAUGAAACAGAACAUUCAGUCAAUAUCCCCCAAAAUGCGGAAGGACGUAACAAUCGACCUGAAGCUGCAAAAGGAGAGGACAAACAUGUACAUACAAUAACAGAGGCAAAAUGUAACAAGGAAGGAACGAUUGAAAACAAAUGCAACUAUUCGGCAUUCGUUGAAAUAGGUUUAAUUGAUGGAAACACAACAAAUGCGACCGAAAAGGAUGUCAUAAAACCAAAGAUAGACGAUAUUGAUCGUCUCAAUACUUCCAAUAAAGAGGGCAACCGGCCUAAGCCAACUGCCAGAAGCAGAACUAAACCAGAAGUGCCGGCAAAACCUAAAAAGAUUAGCAGAGACGACAAGAUAUGACAUGAAGAAAUUGACACCUAAAAUUAAAUUUUAAUUUUCUUGUUUGGUUUGGAAUCUAGUUUUCAAACAAUAAUUGUCUGCUAUAAUUAAUGUCAUUUGUUAUUCAGAGUUCACAUAGUGUGUAUACCACAAGUUUUGGGGUAGCAAACGCACAUGCAGCAAAUAUAAAAUAUAAAUUAACUAUAAUAAACUUACUAACAUGGGCAUUUAUUAAAACGGUUAUAUUUAGA